AUGUAUAAUAUUGUGUACAUAUUCUUUUAUUUAAUAAUUAUAUUUUAUAUAUCAUGGGGAAAGGUACUAAGCAUUAGUAUGUGCCCACAAAAGAGAUACUCUUAUUAUUCUAUGAAUAAUUAUAUAAAUGAAGGUGAGAAGGAAAAAAAAAAGAUAUAUCUGUUUAAUAAAAAGAAUAAGAAAUUUUUAUUUAUGUCAAAUAUGAAAAAAAAAAAAAAGAAAGAAAACACAGGAAGGAAGGAAUACUUUUACACAAAAAAAAAAAAGAAAAGGAAAGAAUAUUAUACUUAUAAUAAUAUUUAUAAAGAUAUCAUUGGUAAUUUAUUUAUAAGAAACACACAAUCUAAAUUAUACAACAAUAUAUUAUAUAAACAUAAAAUUAUUCAGUUUAAUAAAAAAUUUGUUUUUCAUAAGAAACAUUUAUUAUUUUAUUCUUACAUUUGUAAAAACUUUUUGGCUAGUUUUACCAAUUUAGCUAGCCAAAAAAAAAAAAAAAAAAUAAGAAAAAAAAAAAUAAAUAAUAAUAAUAAUUAUAUUAGAAGAAGUGGGAAAAUUUUUUUGGACACAUUUAGUGGUAAUGAAUAUGAAGAAGAACAAGAAGAAUUAGAUCUGGAUCCUGAGUUACAUGAAAGUUUAGGAGGAUGUAUAGAAAAUGAUUUACAGAAUAAUUAUUUUGAUACAUUACUUGGUAGUAGUGAAGUUGAUUAUAAUAAUGAUGAAGAUAAAUAUGAUAAAGAUGAUGUGUGUGAAGAGACGAAAAGAAAAAAAUAUUAUGUUUAUGGUAAGAAAUAUACUGAUAAAGAUUAUAAUUCUGAACAUGUAAAUAAAUAUUAUAAACAUUUACCAAUAUAUACACAAGAUGAUAGUAUAGUAUCGAAUAAAAAUUUUAAAAGAAUAUAUGAAUCAAAUAAAAUGGAAAAUUUAGAAAGGAAUAUAAGAGAAGAAGAUUUACAUUAUCCAUCAGUACCUAUAAAAUGGAAAUUGUAUGUAGGUAUAUUUUUUGAUAAAAAAUAUAAUUAUGAAAAUGAAGAAGAUAAAAAUAUAUAUAAUAAAUUUAAUAUUAAUAUACGUCAUAAAUAUAUACUUGAAUUUUUAUCAUGGGUUAAAUUAUCUACAAGAAUAUAUCAAAAUACAUCAAAAAUAUUAAUGUUAUUUAAUUUAAAAAGAAAUCAAAAUAUAUUUGGAAAUCUGAUCUUUUUUACAUCAUUAAAUUUACAUUAUGCUAAUUUAUUUAUGAAAUCUAAUCCAUAUAUUAAAUUAGGAUUAUGUGAAGAAUUAUAUUUAUAUUCUUAUGAAAAUAAUAGUGAUCAUUUUUUAUUAGGAACAUUUCCUAAUUUAUCUAUACAAAAAAAUUUUCUACUCAUAAAAUUUUUUAAUCCUAAUAAAUUACAAGAUAUAAAUGAUUUAUAUGAAAAACAUAUGAGAUUUUAUAUUCGUUCCAAUAUGAUAUUUAAAUUAGGUGUUUUAAAAAAAGUACCCAAAGAUAAGUUACAAGAUUUCUUUUUAUCACCUCAUCAAUAUUUACCUAUAACAAAUGAGCAAACCUCAACUGUUUUGAAAAAAUUUGAUGAGGAAUUUAAAAUAUUUGAAAAAUGUGUAAGUGUCGAUGUAAAUAGGAAUAACGAAAUACAAAAUGUUGAAGGUAAUGACAACAGUUAUACUACACAUAAGAAGGUACAGAGCAACCAUGAUGAAAUAAAUGAGGAAGAUCUUGGUAAUGAUUAUAAUGACAAUGAGACAUUCAUUAAAUAUGAUAACAACUGUUUAGCAGAAUUAAAUAUUAUAAAUUGUAAAGAUGACGAAGAGGCAGAUGAAUUUAUUCAAAAGGAUCCUUAUACACGAUCUUGUUUUUAUGAUAGUAUUUUUCUGUGUGAAGCAGCGGAGUUAGGUCCUCAUAUAAAAUAUUCUGAGGCAUAUAUGCCUAAAUUAAAAUCCAAAUUUAAUUAUAAAUAUGAAUUAGAUACAGAUUUGAAUCCAUCGGAGUGUUUAGAGAAUAAGCCUGAAUAUUUAGGGAAUAAACGUUUAGAUGCUAAGAGCUUAGAUAAUUAUAAUAAAGUUGAUUUUGAUAUUUUAGAUACAUUUAUAAAAUUGAAGUAUACUAAUAAGGAGAUACAAUUAGAAGAUUCUACUUGUAAUGAAAAUGAAAAGUAUAGAGAAUUUAAUGAAAAAAAAGAAGAAUUAAGAGAUUCAAAAAAAAAAAAUGAACAAGAACAUAUUGAAAUAUUAGAAAAUAACCAUAUGGUUAAUUUGGAUAAUAAUAAAAAUGAUAAAAAUAUAAAUAAAAAUUUUAUAUCUUCAUAUAAUAAUAUAUUUAAAAAUUGGAAAAAUAAAGAUGUUAUUAAAUCUGAUAAUAUUACUGGUAAGAACUAUAAAAUAAAAAUUGUUGAUUAUGAUAAUGAUUAUAUGGAUUAUCUAUGUAAUGUUCAACAAAAUAAAAUAUUAUAUGUAAAGAAGAAAGAUAAGGACAAAAUAAAUAUAUUAAAUAAUAAUAAUAUGAAUAAAGAUAGAUAUGAAAAUAAUGAUAAUGUUGAGAAUAAUUCUUAUCAUCAUAUAUAUAAUACUUUAGAUGAGGAUAAGAAAAAUCCCUUUAUUAAUAAAGAAAAGGAUAUUAUAUUAAUUGAUAAUUCUUUACAAUUUUUUGAUCAUAUAUUUUUUAAAGAUUAUUUAUCAGAUUAUGUAUAUAUAUCAUUACCACCAGGAGAAUAUAUUGAAGAUCCUUAUACAAUUAAAGAUGAAAAAAAUUAUGAAUUUACAAGAUUUAAUAAUUCUUUAGCAUCACAAGAUGAUUUUUUGAAAAGACAAAAUUAUCUUACAAGUUUUUUAAAAGGUAUAUGGUUAAAAAAAGAUCAAUCUAAAAUUUUAUUUUAUGAUAAACAAAAUAAUGCUUUAUUAUUUGGAACGGGGAUAGAUAAAACUUUUUCUUGGAAUAAAAAAGUGGAUAAUAAAAUAAUGAAGAGAGCAUUAAUAAAUAUGGAAAUAGCUCUAGAAAAAAUAAGGAAAGGAAGUUCAGUUAUUCAUGAUGAUGAUAUAACUGUUCAUAAUGAAACUGAAAGAAAUCAAAAAGAAUAUACUGACCCUUAUACGUCUUUUAAAAACAGAUUUACGUCUGUGCAUAAUCAGCUUCAGACAUCGGAUGGUUACAAGGAUAUGAAACCUCCUCCCGGACUCGAAUAUCUAAAUCCACUCAUUUGGGAUAAGACACCCGAUGAACACAAAAGGUUAAUUCUAGAUACAGACAAAGUUCAAGAGGUCCAUUCAAAAUUUCUUAAAAAACUUGAACUCUAUAAAGCAUCUAUAGAUGAUGAUCCUUUUAUUCAAAAGGUUCCUUCUGAAAAUGAUCUCUUAAAUCAUUCAGAUAAGGUUGAUAUUGAAAUUUUAUAA